AUGUCAACCAGAUUUUAUGAUAUCCCAAAUGGAGAUGAUACUGUAAGGUUGUUAAGUAAUCCACUUAACAAUGAAAAUUUGCAAGUGGAUGAGUUUGAAUUUUCAGAAGAGGCCAGACUGAAUAAUUCUGCAUCAUGUUCAGGAUGCUGUUCAUCACUUCCUCAAGAAACUAGUAAUAUUUCUAUUAACUGUUUAGAAAAUGACCUUUCUGUUCAAACUAGCCACAGUAAUCAUAAUGGAGAUUGUCAUAAUGGCCAUCACUUUAUGCCUACUCAUUUACAUAAUCAGUCAAGUUCCAGAUUACUUUUGGCUCUUUGCUUGUGUAUAAUUUUUAUGGCUGCAGAAAUGAUUGGAGGAUACAUUGCUGGAAGUGUAGCUGUGGUUAGUGAUGGAGCUCAUUUAUUAACAGAUGUUAUAGGAUUUUUAAUAUCACUAAUUGCUAUUGCUACAUCGAAAAAAAAAAGCACAAAAAAUUUCAAUUUAGGAUUUUAUAGAAUCGAGAUUCUGGCUACCCUUAGCAGUAUUUUAUUAAUAUGGAUCAUGACUGCUGUUUUAAUAUAUAUUGCUACAAUCAGACUUGUAGGAGGAGAUUAUUCAAUAGAAAUUAAUACUAUGAUAAUUAUCAGUUCUUUAGGAGUUGUUAUUAAUAUUUUAAUGUUUUCAGUAUUACACGACUGUUGUCAUACUAAUCAUAUUCAUUCUCAUCCCAUGUCAGUAAAAGAAAAAUCGAAAAGUAAUCAAAAUAUUAAUGUUCAAGCCGCCAUUAUUCACGUUAUAGGUGAUUUAGUUCAAAGUGUUGGCGUUUUUAUUUCAUCAAUUAUUAUAAAAUUUUACCCCGAAGCUAAAUUUAUGGAUCCAGUAUGCACUUUUCUAUUCUCAAUAAUUGUUAUUUGUUCGACGUUAAAACUUUUAAAAAAUUCUGUAUAUAUACUAAUGGACGGAUUUCCAAAUAAUAUCGAGUAUAAUAAUAUUUUAAUGAGCCUUCAAAGUUUAAACGGAGUGCGUCACGUACACAGUUUAUGCGUUUGGUCGUUAACCGUUGGAAAAAACGUUUUGAUUGUACAUUUAGCCGUUGAUGAUACCGCCGACAGAGAUUUAAUUUUAUUUCAAGCACAAAGAAUCGUUUCGACAAAAUUCGGUAUUAAAAAUCACACAAUUCAAAUAGAAAAAUAUCAUUCGAAAUGUAUGCAACCUCGUCAGGAAUUCGGACAUUUAUGGAGUUGA